AUGGCGGCGGGACCCUCACCGCCCGCACUGCUGACACGCACAAGAUGGCGGCAGGGGCUGGAGCCGCGCACAAGAUGGCGGCCGCCCCCUUCCCUCAGGGUCUGUCUGCCUGCGGCUCGGCCCGGUAAAUCCCCGAACCGGCACCGCAGCGUGACCCGGCACACCCCCGGAAGGCUCCAGUCUCAAGGUCGGGCUGUUCAUCUGCUCGGGAGGUGGUUUUUAUCGAGUUCUUAUCAUUUCACUGCCAUCCUGGGACUGCUGAGCUUGGCUUCGGCGCUCGGCAGGGAGGCGGGGUUCCCCUGGGGGUCCAUCCGGCUGCCCACGCGUGUCAUCCCGCUGCGUUACCACCUCCUCAUCCACCCCAACCUCACCACCCUGACCUUCACGGGGAACACUGCCAUCGAGGUGAUGGUGACCCAGCAGACCUGCGCCGUCAUCCUGCACAGCAAAGGGCUCAGCAUCACCAGGGCCACCGUCCUGAGUGGCAGGGGACACCCAGAGGAGGAGGCACGGGUGGUGGAACACCAGCCCUUCGAGCAGGUAGCACUCCUCACCACCCAGCCACUGCGGGCUGGGCACAACUACACCCUCAGCAUCCAGUACCACGCCAACCUCUCCCACACCUUCCGUGGUUUUUACAAAAGCACCUACAGGACCCGGGAAGGGGAACUCAGGGUGCUGGCAGCCACACAGUUUGAGCCCACGGCCGCCCGCAUGGCCUUCCCCUGCUUCGACGAGCCAGCCUUCAAAGCCAGGUUUUCCAUUAAAAUCAGGAGGGACAACAAGCACCUUGCACUCUCCAACAUGCCAGUUGUGAAGUCUGUGAAUAUAACUCCCUGCCUUGUUGAGGACCAUUUUGAUACCACAGUCAAGAUGAGUACAUACCUUGUGGCCUUUAUCAUUUCAGAUUUUAAAUCCAUCAGCAAAAUAACCCGUCGUGGAGUUAAGGUCUCUGUGUACACAGUGCCAGAGAGGAUCCACCAGGCUGGCUAUGCCCUGGAUGCUGCUGUCAGACUGCUGGAAUUCUAUGAGGACUACUUCAGCAUUCCAUACCCUCUACCUAAACAAGAUUUAGCAGCUAUUCCUGAUUUUCAGUCUGGUGCUAUGGAGAACUGGGGACUGACCACGUACCGGGAGUCAGCGUUGCUGUAUGACCCUGAAAAGUCCUCAGCAUCUUCUAAACUUUGGACCACAAAGAUAAUAGCCCAUGAGCUGGCUCAUCAGUGGUUUGGCAACCUGGUUACCAUGGAGUGGUGGAAUGAUCUGUGGUUAAAUGAAGGGUUUGCAAAGUUUAUGGAGUUUGUGUCAGUCAACGUUACCCAUCCAGAACUGAGAGUUGAAGACCAUUUCCUAAGGAGAUGUUUUGAUGCCAUGGUAGUGGAUUCCUUAGAUUCAUCACAUCCCAUAUCUACUCCUGUGGAAGAUCCAGCCCAGAUUUUAGAAAUAUUUGAUGAAGUUUCUUAUGAGAAGGGAUCUUGUGUAUUAAACAUGCUGAGGGACUACCUGACUGCUGAUGUGUUUAAAGCUGGGCUUGUGCAAUACCUGCAGAAAUACAGCUAUCAGAAUACCAAAAAUGAAGAUCUGUGGAACAGCAUGACAAAUAUUUGCCCUACUGAGAAAAGUGAACUGCAAAGUGGUGGUUUCUGCAGAAGCAGCCAAGAGUCAACUUCAAAUGCACACUGGACUCAAGGAGAGGCUCUUGAUGUGAGGGCAAUGAUGGACACGUGGACACUGCAAACAGGAUUUCCCCUGGUGACAGUGACAGUGAGGGGGAAGAACAUCCAUCUGCAGCAGGAGCACUACAGGAGGGGAGCAGAUGCUCCUUCAUCCACAGGGAAUUUGUGGCACAUCCCACUGACCUACAUCACCAGCAAAUCUGGCACUGUUCAGAGAUUUCUGAUGACAACUAAAGCAGAUGUCAUGAUCCUUCCUGGAAUGGUGAACUGGAUUAAAUUCAAUGUGGACAUGAAUGGGUAUUACCUCAUGCACUAUGAAGAUGAUGGGUGGGACCGCCUGAUCAACCUGCUGAGGAGGAACCACACAGUAAUUAGCAGCAAUGACAGAGCAAGCCUCAUUAACAACAUAUUCCAGCUUGUGAGAAUAAAAAAAAUGCCAAUUUCCAAAGCUUUUGAUUUGACUCUGUAUCUGAAACACGAGAGGGAAAUGAUGCCUGUGCUCCAAGGGAUGAGCGAGCUGGUUCCCAUAUACAGGCUGAUGGAGAGGAGGGAGGUGGAUGGUGUGGAAAAAGAGCUACAGGAGUAUUUAAUCAGCCUGUUCAAGGGGCUGGUGGAUGAGCAGCCGUGGAGUGAGGAGGGCUCAGCGUCAGAGCGGCUGCUCAGGGACUCUCUGCUGCUCUUUGCCUGUGUGCACAGGUACCAGCCCUGCCUGGACAGGGCCAGAGGAUUCUUCACAGAGUGGCAGAAAUCCAAUGGAACCUUCAGGGUGCCAGCAGAUGUGAAGACAGCUGUGUAUGCUGUAGGAGCUCAGACACCUGAGGGCUGGGAUUUCCUCCUCAGCAAGUACCAGCUCCACACCUUCAGUGCAGAGAAGGAGAAGAUGGAGCUGGCCCUGUGCCUCAGCAGAAGUCAGGACAAGCUGCAGUGGCUGAUGGAUCAAGGUCUGGGUGGUGAUGGUAUCAUAAGAGCUCAGGAUCUUCCACACAUUAUUGUACUUGUUGCCAACAACCCCUCUGGACAUCACCUAGCUUGGACCUUCCUAAAAGAAAACUGGGACAAACUUAUAGAAAAGUUUGGACUGGGUUCCAGUUCCAUUGCAAACAUUGUCACUGGGGUGACCAAGUGCUACUCCACCAGGUCACAGCUUGCAGAGGUCAGGGAAUUCUUCAGCUCUCUGGAGGAGAAGAGUGCAGGGCUUCGCUGUGUCCAGCAAGCUGUGGAAACCAUUGAGCACAACUUACAGUGGAUGGACAGAAACCUGGAGGAAGUCAAAACGUGGCUGCGAAAAAAACAUCUGUAAAUCAAGGCUUCUUGGUAAUGUUUGUCAGGAACGACCAAAAAGCACUGGAAAGCUGUGAAAACUCAGGGCUGGAGGGUCAGCUCAGCUGUAUAAGCUACUUCAAAAAAAAGGAGCUGUGAGGCAACUGAAUCACAGAAUUGUUUGGAAAAGACCUUCAGUAUC